UGCUGGCAGACGGAGAGCUCGUUUCCUGCUCGCUAUCGCCCGGCUGCGCCCAGCUCCGGUCCCUCCCCACGCCCGGGCCGUGCCUCAGUUUCCCCCCGUGGAGGUAUCCGCUGCAUGGAGGAAGCCGCUCACUGCAGCCCCAGCCUGCCCCAUCCCCUGCCCUGAGGCCACCGUGGCCAUCUGGGAGCAGUGGCAGGGUGACAGUUCCGUCCCUGCUGUCACCAAGUGCCAGUUUUGACAGUGCCAUCACCACCCAACAGCACCUGCAGCUGGCAGUCCUGGCACUGAGACGCCAGGCCUCUGGGUGACACGGGAUGAGUGUGCCAGCCGAGGAGCCGGGCAACCCUGCCCAUGCCAUCUUUGAGAGGUUCCUGCGAGCCGGGCAGUGCCAGGAGGUGCUGGGCUCCUUCCUGGAGCUGUGCCAGCAGCUGGGCGUGCAGGGCACGGGGCUGCAGCUCUACCACGGCCUCAAGGCUGCCCUCAACUACUGGAAUGCCAAGGCCCUGUGGAGCAAGCUGGAUAAGAAAGCUGGGCACAAGGACUACGACCAGGGCACAGCCUGUGCUGGCACCAAGUGCCUGGUGGUGGGCGCUGGCCCCUGCGGGCUGCGGGCAGCCAUCGAGCUGGCUCUGCUGGGAGCCCGCGUGGUGCUGCUGGAGAAGCGCGACUCCUUCUCCCGCAACAACGUCCUGCACCUCUGGCCCUUCACCAUCCACGACCUGCGCGCGCUCGGCGCCAAGAAGUUCUACGGGCGCUUCUGCACGGGCACGCUGGACCACAUCAGUAUCCGGCAGCUGCAGCUGAUCCUGCUCAAGGUGGCUUUGCUGCUGGGGGUGGAGGUGCACAUCAAUGUGCGGUUUGAGGACCUCGUUCCCCCCAAGGGAAAGGCAGGUGGCUGGCAGGCCGUGCUGCAGCCCAGCUCCUCUCCCCUCAGCCACUACGAGUUCGACGUCCUCAUCUCAGCUGGCGGCGGCAAAUUUGUCCCUGAAGGGUUCAAGAGGAAGGAAACGCGUGGGAAGUUGGCCAUUGGCAUCACCACCAACUUCAUCAACCGCCACAGCCGGGCCGAGGUGGAGGUGGCUGAGAUCAGCGGCGUGGCCCGAAUCUACAACCAGAAGUUCUUCCAGAACCUCUACAACAAAACGGGCAUUGACCUGGAGAACAUCGUGUACUACAAGGAUGACACUCACUAUUUCGUCAUGACGGCCAAGAAGCAGAGCCUGCUCACAAAGGGGGUCAUCCUUCAGGACAAAGCGGACAUCGAGAGCCUCCUGGCCCCAGACAACGUGAACAGGGAUGCCCUCCUUAGCUAUGCCAAAGAAGCCGCCAACUUCUCCACCAACUACUGCCUGCCCGAACUGGAGUUUGCCCUCAACCACCGGGACCUGCCGGACGUUGACAUGUUCGACUUCACGUGCAUGACGCGCUCGGAGAACGCGGCGCUGGUGCGGGAGCACAACGGGAGCCGAGUGCUCCUGGGGCUGGUGGGCGACUGCCUGGUGGAGCCCUUCUGGCCACUGGGCACCGGCGUGGCCAGGGGUUUCCUCGCUGCCUUUGACGCAGCGUGGAUGGUGCGGCGCUGGGCGGCAGGGACACCCCCGCUGGAGGUGCUGGCUGAGAGGGAGAGCAUCUACCAGCGCCUCUCGCAAACAUCCCCGGACAACACCCACAAGAACGUCACUCAGUACAGCAUCGACCCGGCCACGCGCUACCCCAACAUCAACCUGCAGGCCAUCAAAGCCAGCCAGGUCAGGGACCUCUACCUGGUGGGCAUGGUGGAGGUGGACCACCAUGGGAAGAGGAAGAGCGACGCCCGGCUCAGCACCGUGGCCCCUGGAGCUGUGUGUGAAGAGCUGCUGAGCUGGUGCCAGGCCAGCACGGCUGGAUACCCCGGCGUGGCCGUGACCAACUUCAGCACCUCCUGGACCAGUGGCUUGGCCCUCUGUGCCCUCAUCCACCGCUUCCGCCCCGACCUGGUGGACUUUGACUCCGUGGACCCCCAGGAUGCCAUUCAGACCCACCAGAUGUUGCUGGACGUAGCAGAGCAGGAGCUGGGCAUCCAGCCUGUCCUCUCCAGUGCUGAGAUGGCCACCCUGACAGAGCCUGACUGCCUGGACCUCAUCACCUACCUCAGCCACUUCUACCAAAUUUUUGGGACCUCUCCAGAGGCGGAGGUCAGCAAGAAGCCACUGUCUCCCCCUGGCACACGAGGGGCCAUCCUCUUCCUCAGCAAGCUGCAGAAGAGCCGGAACCUGGCACACAAACGUAGCCAGGACGGUGCCCAGAAGGACGGCGAGGCCAAGAGGAGCCGCAGGGACGCUGAGCUGGACACGGGGCUGGAUGGAGACACUCCGGACAGUGCCCACGAGCUGCCACGCGCCACCGGCACGGAGCCAGGGCAGCCGCCGAGGGACAGGGCAGGGGAGAACAGCGACGCCUGCUACUUCUGCGGGCGCCGUGUGUACAUCGUGGAGCGAGCCAGCGCCGAGGGACGCUUCUUCCACCGCGGCUGCUUCCAGUGCCGGCGCUGCGGGGCCACGCUGCGCCUGGGCGACUAUGCCUUCGACGAGGAGGAUGGUAAUUUCUACUGCUCGCUGCACUACCCCCAUCCAGCCAGCGUGGACCUGCCCCGGGAUGAGGCUUCGGCGCUGCCCGAUGGGGAUGCUGAUGCUGCUGCCCACGCGCCCUCAGAUGCUGGAAUGUCGUGUGUGUCCCCCAUGGAGUGGGCACCCAGCCCGCUGCAGCCCAUUCCAUCAGCCCCACGGGCAGGGGAAGAGCCUGGGGACGCUGAGGACACUGCAGGUGCUGGUGACACGCAGGAGGAGCAGGAGCUGCUGGCACAGCCCGGGGAGGGUGCGAGGGAACAGGAGGUUCCCAGAGCGGAGCCCCAAGGGGCAGCAGAGGAGGGUGAGGAGACUGGGGGCAGGAGGAAGAUCAUCCUCACACCGCUGGAGAAGCUCAGUCUGUCCACGCUGAACCUCACCAGUGAAGCUGAGCCCGAGCCUCCGCUGAAGCCAGCCCGUCUGAGGCUCCCAGCAGCACCCCAGGCCCUCCCUGCCCUGCGGCAGGGACAAGGCGCCUGGAAGGAGGAGGAGGAGGAGAAAAUUGACAUGGAGAAAGGUUUGGAGGACAGUGACAGCGAGGAGGGGGAGGAAGAGGAGGAGGAGAAAGAGGAGGAGGAGAAAGGCCUUGGCAUUGUGAAAGAGUUGUACCCAGACCCCCGGGAAGAGGAGAAAUUCCCCACCUGGAAGCGCACCUUGGCCCGGCGGACCAGGGAGUCCCAGAUGAAGAGGUUCUGCAGAGCCCAGGCCAUCCAGAGGCGUCUGGAGGAGAUCGAGGUGACGUUCCGGGAGCUGGAGCAGCAGGGCACCAAGCUGGAGAAGCUGCUCCGGGAUGAGAAUGACAGCCUGGCUGACCAGCACACACAGUGGACAAACCAGCUGCUGUACCUGGUGCAGAAGAAGAACAACCUGAUGAGCGAGGAGUCGGACCUCAUGAUCGCGGUGCAGGAGCUGAAGCUGGAGGAGCAGCAGUGCCAGCUUGACGAGAAGCUCCGGAGCUACAUGAACAAGGAGGAUGCCCUGAAGACGCCUGAGGAUGAGAAGGCUGAGCAGGAGAUCCUGAAGCAGCUGGUGGAGGUGGUGAACAAGCGGAACAUCCUCAUCCAGCUGCAGGAGGAGAAGCGGCUCAGCGAGCUCCGCGCUUGACCCGCACGGCCCCGGGGCCACCGGUGCUCCCUGGGGACCAGCAGAGUCCUGUCACAGAGGGACCAGAGCCGCUGGAGGAUGCCCAUGUGAGGAGACACCGAGCAGCACUCAGCCCUGGCGUGCUGAGAGGGUGUUCCUGUGCAUGGCUGGAGUGCCUUUGCCUUGUGCUGGCUGGAAAACUCCCAGGGGACUGCAAAAGGGGGCUGUGGUGGCUCCCAGCAGCAAGGAGGUGACUGGCCACCCGAGACAGAUGCCACAUGUGCACCUUCAGGAAUGGUCCCUCAAAGCCACCCUGGGACAUCCUUCCCAGCUGAGGGCAUCCAUCCCAGUCUGGACUGUGCAUCUCAAGGGACAUCUGCCUGUACAAGCUGGGACCAGUGACAGACAGACUGGGCUGCUCUGCACCACUGCUUUUGGAUGCCACGUCCACGCUGCCCCCAGCUGCUGCAGGAAACCAAGGUCAGAACUCUACCAUGAGCCCCCUGGGGCAGGGAAGGGCUUUUUGUGCUGGAAUUCUUAUGGGAAUUGUGCUCAGGGCCAACACUCUAGCACUGAGGACAAGGACACCAGUGGCUGUGCCCUCCUUGCCCCUUUGGGGUUUCUUCUGCCUGGCAAAGCCACACUGGCCUUUGCACAGACCUCAGAUGCCCCUGCAGUCCCUGGCUGUUGCCUUUGUGGCCAAAUGGUGCUCAUGGCAGCCCAGAUGUGUUGGGAUGGGGGUCUCAGGUUCCUCUCUUAGCCCUCACCCCGCGCUCAGCCCUCAUCCUGCCAUUUCCCUCAGCACCUCCUCCAGCCCUCCCUGUGCUUGUACCAGCCCUACAAUCCUGCUGCAAACCCCCUCCCUUCAAAUAAAGCCCCCCGAUCAGGUGCCAAAGGUUAAAAUAUUGCCUUUAUUUUCCAUCAGUUAGGACUGGUUGCCAGAACAGCCACCAGUGUAAACUUUGAGGCCACCCCAGGCAAGGGGAGCCUCAGUGCCUCAAGCCUUCCAGCCGGGCCAGUGGGUCCCUCCGUGUACAAAAUAGUGUAUUUAAAAAGACAGCAAUAAAAAUCUGCCUCCAUUGUG